CUUCUCCUCGACAGUUUCCCCGGCGUCGCGCCUCCUUCCUCCCGCCUCCUCGCCCAAAUCCCCGCCCCUCUGCCACGACGCCGCCCUCUACCCGCCGCCACCGCUGGUCAACCCGCCGGAGUAAGGGUUGGGAUGAUGAAGAAAACCACGUGCAAGGGAAGAGGCAAGAACAUAGCACGCUUGAAUAAAAAGCAAAAUGCCAGCAAAACAGUACUUAAGCAACGACCCAUCCAUCCAGGUAUUGGCUCUGAAGAUGAGUGCGAUGACUUCAUUAAAUUCUGUGAAAGUUCCUCGAUUAAUCUCACCAAGCAGAUUGAAUCAAAGCUAUCAGAAAGUGUUGUUUCUCUUGCUUCAUUCAAUGGACGUACGCCUGUAUUUGAAUGCACAGGAAUAUUUAUUGAAAACUUAAUGGAUACCAUACAAAUUUUGACUUCAGCUAAUCUUGUUAAAUCUGUUAGUGAGGGGAUCACUGAUAACUUGACGAUUAAAGUGCGUCUUCCCAGUGACCAAGUUGUCAUUGGCUCGUUACACCGUUGUGAUUUCAAGUAUGAUCUUGCUGUUGUGAACAUCAGGCAUACACGUAGUAUUCAUAUUCAGGAAGCACAUCUCAGUUCAAGCCAUCCCGUGCAAUUUGAGUCUAAUAGUAAGGUAGUAGCUGUGGAGCGUUGUUUCAGCAAAGGCAUGUUUAAGUUUACAAAUGGGAUAGUGAUUGGCCCUGCAAGUGAUGAACCCCGUAAGCUUAUGAUCUCCACACAUAAAAUGAACACGGCUCUGAGUGGAUACCCCCUUGUUGAUUUUGAUGGGAACUUUGUUGGAGUGAACCUCCGACGUGGCGAAAUGACUUUUUUUGUGCCAAUGAACAAGAUUCUUGAAUUCCUGGGGCUCUCUGCGACAACUAGCGCUGCUGAUGCUACUGAUAAACCUGAUCCAAACAGUCGGGCACUGCUCGACGAGGGCCGCGAUAUGUCCCCGCAUGACCGAUAUCUGUUCGAGCUGGCAAAGCAUGAAUUUGGAGAGGUCUAUGAGGAAGAGGAUUAUUACAGGUCUUCUUACGAUUGAACCAAUUUGGAGAUGUCUAUUAUAGGGAAGAGGGUGCAGAUAGCAGGAUGUACGAUUGAACCAAUUCGUUGCUUGUGUUGCUUUGUUGCUUGGGUUGCUCCACUCUAGGAAAUAUCAAGCCGCUACUAGCUACUAAUGAUGCGUCUUUUGGUACUGCUUGUAAUGGUAAAUUUGAACCCAUGCUUUGGCGUUUAAUAGUUAUUUUUAUCGCUGAUGAGAUCUACCACCGCAGUUUCACACAUUA